AACCUCCGCGGCCACAAUCUCCCUCGGCUCCCGCUGAAGGUAUACAACCGGCGACCAAAGCCGGUCCCCCAAACCAGGAGGAGUCAGUGAUGUUGGAGAGCAUGAGCGAGCUAGUUCGCGGACCGCUUGUUGACAGUCUCAUGGAUGACCACGGCGCCGACCUGAUUCCCGCAAAGGAGAGGGCUAUCCCCGAUGACGCAUUUCCCGAUUUAGGCCCCUCCACGAGAAAACGCAGCGCAAAUCAAACGACCGACCUGGGGGCGUGUUCAAAAUGUGCUGGUCUGGAAACAAGUAUCCACGCAUGCCUCAGGUAUGAAAAAAUUCGGCAGCAUCAGUUAAAUCUAGUCAGCCUUUUCCUCAUUUCUUCAAACGACGGGGGGCGAGAAUAA